GAAAAACAAAAAACGACAACUUUUCAGUUAAAACAAUAGUCUCCUCCUCAUCAAGGAAUCCCAAUUCUCCAUUUUCCCACCUGAAUCUACACACACUUCUUCAAUGGAAGAUCAGACCGCUAAAUUGGAGGCGUUGAAGAAGGUUUAUGCGGAGAUGAUUUUGAAUACAGCGAAGGAAGCAGCUGCUCGAGCAAUGGCGUCGGAGCGGAAAGCGGUUCGAGUUGGUUACGAUUUGCGUAAUACGAAAGACGAGGCGGUUUGGAUGCUUGUUCGGUUUAAAGAGAUGAUUGAUGUUAAGACAACUGAAGCAGAAACAAGAGCCUUGAGUCAGCAAAAAAGAAUCAAAGAGCUAGAUGAACAGCUUAACGAAACAGAAGGUGUGAUAAUGGAUCUUAGAGCAGAAAUAAGGAAAGCACAUGAACGAUUGGAGGAAAUGAAGAACAAUCACACGCUACAUUCAAAUGGACCAUCUGAAAACGAGCACAUGCAUCAGAAAAACACAGAUGUUACCGAACACUUCAAAUAUUCGUCUCCAUGCAGUAAAAGUUGCAAUCCAGCAAAAGAGAUUACAACAUCAGAUCCAAAUUUAGCUUCCAUAAUCAUCGGAAAAAAAGAGCCUGAGUUGUAUAGAAACGGAUAUACUCACCGAAUCCGAGCAAUUGAGAUGAAUCUAGCGGAUGAAAAAAAGAUUUCUGAUGAAAUAAAUUUUGGAAAAUGUGCACCAUCGUUUAUCGACACUGAGAACAAAGAUGCAAAGAACGUUAACGGGUCAGAAGGUUCUUCUACUAACAGCAGGAUUUCCAAAGGUCAAACUGUUAAAACUCCACUUCCAAACAGAGCUAAAUACGCACGAUCAAACCACAUACUUUCUCGGUUUUGUCAUGAGAAGUUGAAUCUUAGACAAAAAUCCUGUGGAAAGGAUGCAAAUUUGACGGAACGUAAUGAAAAAAAUGCUUGCACACUUCGUAGAAGUGUUAGGAAAAGGAAAGUUAGGUGCUGGGAUGAAAUAUCUUCGUUAUUCAAGUCGCGUGCUUCACGUUCGCAUUGCAAGGGCAAUAAUGGUGUGAAAUUUGAAGAACGUAAGUAUGAGGAGAGCAAAUUACUGAAUGAUUCAGUGGUUGAAAAAGAUGAAAGUGCUGCAAAAGAAUCUGUUUGGACUGCUCGUGAUGCUGAUAACAACAGGUGUUUGAAGUAUACGUUUAGCAGGAGGCGGAAGAAGGUUUCAUCGUCUGAAUCUUAUAAACCAAGUUUCAACCUUGAAAACGAGAAGCUGAUUGAUGAUUCAUCUGAUAGCCAAAACAUAAUUGAUGUUGCUUGCCAGUUGAUUUCCUUGUCUGGGGAACGUAGUCGGUGAAAGCGCUCAGUUCUUCGAAACUUCAUCUCCAAGCAAUAGUGAGCAACUUGUAUAUGCGAAAAGGUAUAAUCUAUGGAAGUCCUUGAGGUUAUUUUUGUUUUGGGGGUGAAAGUAAAUACUAAGUUAAUCAAGUUUAAUCCUCCAUCCUUGUAAAUUGGUAAACCAUGAUGCCAAUUGCUUUGCUCAGUCAAACUUAGUUGCCAGCCCACCAGUAGUUAAUUUAAACUUCAAGUUUGGACUUGUAUUGUUACGCGUUAAAAUAUAUGAGAUCUCGAGUUAUAUUUAUGCGAUA